AUGUUAAGAUCCAGUUAUUGUAUGCUGUCUAAUAUGUCAGAUCGUGAUCUUACGGAGCUGAACGAAUGCCCUCUGGAUCCAGGCGGUUAUUUUGUUAUCAACGGUUCCGAAAAGGUCCUUAUUGCACAAGAGAAAAUGGCCACAAACACUGUGUACGUAUUUUCCAUGAAAGACGGAAAGUAUGCUUUCAAAGCCGAGUGUCGUUCCUGCCUUGAAAAUUCCAGCCGUCCCACUUCGACUAUGUGGGUGAACAUGAUGGCGAGAAGUGGUGGUGGAGCAAAGAAAACAGCUAUGGGACAGCGAAUCAUAGCCAUUUUACCCUAUAUCAAGCAGGAAAUUCCUGUAAUGAUCGUAUUCCGUGCAUUAGGAUUUGUAUCAGAUCGUGAUAUCUUGGAACACAUCAUCUAUGAUUUUGAAGAUCCUGAAAUGAUGGAAAUGGUCAAGCCUUCACUUGAUGAAGCUUUUGUCAUUCAGGAACAGAAUGUCGCUUUGAACUUUAUCGGUGCCCGUGGUGCGAAGCCAGGAGUAACGAAAGAGCAACGUAUCAAAUACGCUAAAGAAAUUCUACAAAAAGAGCUACUUCCACAUGUUGGAGUCUCAGAUUUUUGUGAAACGAAGAAAGCUUAUUUCAUUGGUUACAUGGUCCAUCGGCUUUUACUAGCUGCAUUGGGUCGCCGUGAGCUAGACGAUCGUGAUCACAUCGGGAAUAAAAGACUGGAUCUUGCGGGUCCAUUGCUAGCUUUCUUGUUCCGAGCGCUUUUCAGAAAUUUGUUGAAAGAGUUAACAUCAAUAUCUGUAAACCAUGAAAAUUCCGUUAUAGAUGCGGUUGACUGCACAAAA